AUGUCUGAAGAAUUCGACGAAUCUGAGAUAAUUUUCUCCGACAAUUUCUUCCCAAGUCGCAGGCGUGAUGAAGUGAACGAGAAAGAGAAUCUUCCAGUUGGUUUCAGAGAAAACUCGAGACGUAGACGGAGCAAAACGACGUUGUUGCCAUCACCUCACCGGAUAUACCUGGUAACGGAAGAACUCUCAAAGGACGAGAUCUGA